GCAGGAGCAGGACCGGGAGCAGGAGCAGGAGCAGGAGCAGGAGCCGGUGCCGGUGCCGGGCGGUGGCGCUCGGGGCUCCCCGGCUGCUCCGGCCGGUCCCGCCCGGCCAAGGUCCCUCCGCCAUGAGCCGCCGCCGCCGCCGCCGCCCGGCCUUCCCCGGCCUCCCAGGGGAGCUGGUGCUGGAGGAGGCGGCGGGGGCCCGGCCCCGCAGCGCGGACACCGACGGCCCCGGCCCCGGCCCCGGGACGCUGCUGUGCACCAACCGCCGCCUGGCCUUCCUGCCCGCCCGGCCCCCCGGUGCCCGAGCCUUCCUCCCCAGCGAGUACGACGUGGCGCUGCCCUGCAUCUGCGAGCUGGUGGCAGCCAGCAGCUUUGCCAAGCCCAAGGUGCUGACGGCCACCUCCACCCUCAAGUUCAUCCCUGAGGAACUGGCCGUCUUCUGCCGGGAUUUCCGCCUGCUCCGCUUCUACUUCCAGGAAAACGGGUUGGCUCCGCAGGCAUUUCGGGUGGCCAACGCCAUCGCCCAGGCGCGGGAGGCGGCGGGCUGGGGGGGUGACGAUGAGGGACGUGGUGGCUGCUCCUGCCCCACCGAAGAUGAAGGCCGGCUGGAGGAGGAGGAGGAUGAGAAUGAGGAGGAGGAGGAGGAGGAGGAGGAGGAGGAGGAAGGCUCGGCUGCCACGCUGCUCUUCGAGAGCCUGCGCGACUGGGAGAAGGAGCUGAAGCGCCUGGGUGCCGCGGGCUGGAGGGUCAGCGCCGUCAACGAGCGCUUUGACAUGGCCCCCAGCCUCCCCCGGUACCUGUGGGUGCCCAGCGGGCUCCUGGACCACGACCUCAAGCGGACCUUCGCCCACUUCGAGGAGCACCGGGUGCCUCGCCUGUGCUGGCACCACCCGGGCGGCAGUGACCUGCUGAGAGCCGCCGGCUUCCACGCGGCCUCGGAACCGAGCAGCGAGGACAUGAGGUGCCUGGAGGCUCUGCUGCUGGGGGGCCGGGGGCCCUGCGUGCUGGCCGACACCGCCGAGCUGCCCACCCUGGCCGACAUCCAGCUCGCCCACCUCAAGCUGCGGGCGCUCUGCCUGCCCGGCGCGGCGGCAGAGGAGAAGUGGCUGUCGGCGCUGGAGGGGACGCGCUGGCUGGACCACGUGCGCACUUGCUUGAGAAAAGCCGUGGAGGUGGUGUCGCUGCUGGCGGGGAGACGCUGCUCCGUCCUCCUGCAAGAGCCGUCGGACCGGGACCUGAACUGCCUGCUGUCCUCGCUGGUGCAGCUGCUGGGGGACCCCCACUCCCGCACCCUUCCCGGCUUCCAGAGCCUGGUGCAGCGGGAGUGGGUGGCCGCCGGGCACCCCUUCCCCCACCGCCUGGGGCUGCUGCGCCGCGACACCCCCCGGCAGGAGGCCCCCGUUUUCCUGCUGUUCCUGGACUGCACGUGGCAGCUGGUGCGGCAGUUCCCGGCGGCGUUCGGCUUCACCGAGACCUUCCUGCUGGCCCUCCACGACAGCAGCUUCGCCCCGCACUUCAGCACCUUCCUCUUCACCUGCCAGCGGCAGCGGGGCCGCGGCGGCCCGCACCGGCCCUGCAGCCAGACCUACACGCCGGUGACCGGCUGGCGGGACCCCCCGGUGGGGGCGAGGCGGGGGGGCCGGGGGGGCAGCGGUGCCGGGGGGCUGCCCACCGUCUGGGACUGGGGGCUGCGCUACAGCCGGCAGCAGCGGGCCCGAUUCUGGAACCCGGCGGGUGCUACCGGCGCCGUGGGACCCCCUGACGCUGGAGACCCCCGGAACCCAGGCGGGCCCACCGACUCCUGGCCGGGUCUGGGGGCCGGCACCGUGUGGGCACUGGCCAAGGGGACCCUGUCACCCCAAGCCCUUCCCUGGCGGAGCGGCCCUGUACCCCUCCGACAAGAGGUGCGCCCCGGGGGGAGGACGACGGCCUUCGGCUUCCUGAACGCGCUGUGCAAGCUGGCGGCGGUGCUGGGCAUCAGCAUCUUCACGUCCUUCGUGGGCAUCACCAAGGCGGUGCCCAUCCUGCUGGCCUCGGCCGCGCUGGCGCUCGGCAGCUCCCUCGCCUUGAAACUGCCGGAGACUCGGGGGCAAGUCCUGCAGUGA